CCCACGAUGCACACACACACCCACGCCCAACCCACGCACACCCACACCCACGUUGGAUCCCAUCUCUCUCGUUUUCCUCGAUCCCCUUUCUCCACCCCACGCCGCCGCCAGAUUUCGGCGAUCCCCGUCGUUCCCCACCGCCCAGCUCUCCUCCCCGAGCCCGCUCACCAUCUCCACCGACUGGUUUCUCUCCUCGCCCAGGAGAGCCACGCCCAGGCACUGGUGGUGGUGCACCGCGAGGAGGCCCCAGCGGCGUCGAGCUGCUGUUGCGGCGGGCUGUUGCUGCGGGCCCAGCGACGUCGGCGAGGUCGGGAAGGUCGCAGCCCUUCAAGAUUCUCAAUGGCGGCGUCUCGGCGCUGAUGGCGGAGUCGAUGACGAGCAUCGGCGGGUACAUGGCGUCGGGGUACCGGAGGGUGGCCGGCAUGCAGCUCUCCAUCAACCACCUCAAGCCCGCCCGCAUCGGCGACCGCAUCGAGACCAAGGCGAACCCCAUCCAGGUCGGCCGCAACGUCCAGGCAGAGGUCGAGGGACGAGGUGUCUCCAAGCAGAGGCCGAUCUUCUGCAACCUGCAACUACGAUCUUGGACGGCCGGCGCGCGCGGGGUUGCAGCCUGCAGUAAAUAUUGAAAUCCCCACAUGUCGGGAUGCUGCUCCUGCGCCGAGCUACUGCUUUUGCGGGCACGACAAUGAGCCGGGGAGCAGCUGCGUCAGGCUGCUGCUACUGCGUUGAGCUGCUGCUGCUGCGGGCGCGACGUCUCUCCUUUCCCCACCUCCGUUGCCUUUUUAAUUUUGGUUGUGGUGGUUGCAUCACCGGUGCGGUCGCAAAUCAGUAUGUAGUGUGCUUGUGGAGUUGGGUCUGGACUGCAGUGUCCAUCCAGUAGGUUAGGUGUUGUUGCUGCUAGAUCCCAUGAUGCUCACCUAAGUUUUGUGUUAUGUGGAGGCUAACCUUUCUGAUCUUAUUUUUCGACACUUGUGUGGUGUUGUCUUACUUUUUGAUACAGGUCGUAUGAUAUAUAUGUUUUUAUGGAUGAUUUUUUGAUGUUCUUAUUUUCCUGUGGUCUGUGUUUAUAUUUGUGAUAUAUGCAUGGGCUAUACAUAUGAAUAUGAAUUGCUGAACAUACUGUAAAUCAAUGACAGAGAUGGCAAAGAAGGAGAUUUGCCGUU